UCAAAACAACAAACCUGGGUUUAUAAACCCUGUUAUUUAACGUAAUUGCAUCAUUCAACAUCAAGCAGCCACAAAAUGAAGUGUUUGUUAUUUUUACUAGUCGUGAUUUUCGUUGAUUUGAGCAAAAGUGGCCAACUUCCUUCAAAGUUCCAAAAAUGUGGUCGGAAUGAUAACAAAUGUUUAACACUUGCCAUAAAAAAUGCGAUUGAACAAUUGACCGUGCCCAUGAAAGAGGCGGGUUUGCCCAGUCUUCACCCAUUGGAAAUACCAGCACUGACCAUCGGUGCUGGUACAGGGCCGGUUCAGUUCAAUCAAAAUUACAAAAAUUUGAAAAUUUACGGCCAGACGAAAAUCGACUCGAUUGAUGCAAGUUUUCGCGAAAAUAUCUUAAAAAUGGAUGUGCACUUUUUCGAAAUUGUGGCGAAUUUUGAGUACGAGAUUGAUGGCAAAAUUCUGGUUUUUCCCAUCAAGGGGAAAGGAACGGGCGUUAUCGCCAUGGACAAGCCAGAAUUUGCUCUAACUUUUAUAAUGGAAGAAUAUGAGAAAAAAGGUGAAAAGUAUUACAAAGUUAGCAAUACAACAAUGUCGAUAGAACCACAAAAAAUUCAGUUUGGAUUUUCCAAUAAUGUCUUUGGGGGCGAUAAAGAUUUCAGUGAUAAAGUCUUGGAAGCGAUGAAUGAAAACUGGAAGGAGCUUUAUGCCGAUGUAAGGCCGAGCUAUGAAGAAGCCUACGGGCAAAUUUUUAUGUCCAUUUUUAACAGUUUUUUAAGCAAAGUGCCGAUUUCUGAACUGUUUGAUAGCUGAUUUUUAUUUAAAUUGUUGUUUUUGUAGAUAAUUAUUUUUUAUUAUUAUAAGAAAAAUAAAUGCAGCAAGAGCUU